GUGUGGGCUAUAUACACAGAAACAAGUGGUCAUGGAGCAACGGACCUCUCUCUCUCUCCACCGUGACGGUAAUGCAGGUGUCAGGCAAAUGACUCGGGAUCGAGCUGUGUGAAGUCUACACACUGCCGGUGGUGGGAUCGACUCGUCGCGAGAGAAGCAGGUGCCCGCCCCUUGUCGACUCGAGGCGUUGCCAUGGAGUCUGCUCACCUGCUGGGCCCGGGCGCCAAGAAGAGAGUGAAGAUCCACCCGCACACGGUCACCGCCCAAUACGCCACCCAGGCCCCCUACUCCCCCCAGCCGGGGGUACACACCCACUUCCCCCAGCCCGGGGACGAGGGCUACGACGACGCUCCCUCCUUCGAGGACUUCGGCUCCUUCCUGGACGAGACCUCGGACAGGACCAAGCUCACGGAGGCCAGGAAGUGGCCGCAGACUCUGUUCGGCUCCAGGGAUAAGGAGAAGGAGAAGGGCACCCCUCUGAGAGCCCUCCAGGGCGCGGGCGCCGGCGAGGGCUCCUCCUCCUCCGUGGGGGUCAAAGGCCCCGGGAAGGGGGUCGGCGGCCAGCUGGCGAGCUUCGGCGAGGCCUCGGUGUCGGCGUCGCGGUGGACGUGGGCGCUGCUCCUGGGCGCGGCGCUGGCCCACGGCGCGCUGGUCUUCCUCACCCGCCUGGCGUCCGAGCGCUUCGGCCUCUCGCCCCUCCUGCUGGUGUUGGUUCGCUCCGCCGCGCAGCUGCUCUCCGUGGCCGCGCCCCUGCAGCGGGGCGAGAACCCCUUCGGCCCGCCCGGCUACCGCCUGCGCCUCCUCUGCUACGGCCUGACCUACUCCCUGUCGCUCUGCUGCGCCUCCGCCUCCCUGGCCUUCGCCGCCACCGAGUACGCCACCCCCACGGGCCGCCUGGCCACCAGCGCGCUCUCGGCCGCGCUCGCCUUCCUGCUCCUGGAGGAGAGGCUGGGCUUGGCCGACGGCGUCGCCCUCGUCACGGGGAUCUGCGGGCUGGGACUGACGCUGCUGCCGGCGGCCGACCAGCCGGAGGCCCCCGGCGGCGGCGCCACCUCGGCCGACCCGGUGGCGUUCUGGCGGGCCGCGUUCGGCUGGUCCCUGUCGGCCAUGGCGGGGCUGUGGAUGGCCCUGGCGCUGGUCAGCUACCGCUCGCUGAAGGAGCGCGUGGGCCUGGCCACCGCCCUCUUCACCGUCAGCUGGACGGGCUGCCUGCUGGCGCCGGCCUCCAUGGUCCUCUUGCAGGGGGGCUGGGCGUGGCCCUCCCCCUCCAUGCCCGGCGGCGUCCCCGUCUGGGGUCUGAUGGCGGGGCUGGUGGCCGCCUCCGUGCUGGGCUUCCUGGGCACCACCCACGCCCUGACCCGGCUGCACCCGUCGCUGGUGUCGGCCUCGCUGAGCCUGGAGGUGCCGGUGGCGGCGCUGCUGCAGCUGGCCGUGCUGCCCGCCGUCCCCUUCGCCCCCGAGGUGGUCGGGGACGUCAUGGUGGUGCUGAGCGUGGGCUGGCUGGUGACGGUGAAGCUCCUCCCCUCGCAUGGAGCCGGGGGGCGGAAACAGCGGGAGGAGUACGAGGAGAUCCUGGACUCUCCCAUCAAAUAG